AUGGAUGACUUGAACGGUCUCAGUUGGAGCUCUAGCUCUCCGAAUGAUAACAAAAAGCCGCCGCCGAUGAAUUCUAGCUUUCUAUUUCCAACCGCGAGACCCAAUAACACCUCGGGUCGAUCUACUCCCCUCUCUGCCUCCUCCGGACCAUCGAACCCCCCUUCGAAGCCUGCGACUCCCAGUGGUGACAGUUUCGCAAAUCUAGUGUCAUUUGGCUCGUCAAACACCAACAAGAAUAUUCCACUCAUUGAGCAACAGAAACGGUUACAAGAGGAGAAGGCUAGAAAGGAAGCAGAGAACCGUGCGCGGUACGAGUCACAAUAUGGAGGACAGAAUAAUCAAUUUUGGGACAAUCUAGAGAAGGAAGGGAGCACCAAUCCCUUCAGUUCAUCUGCGGCGCCUUCACGACAGGGAGCCUCAUCCCCAGAUGAGGACGAUCUCCUUGCUGCCUUCAAUGCCUCCGCUCCCGUGGAUGCCUCGACUCACUUUCCCGCUCCAAACCCCAGCCCUUCCUUACAGAUCCCACCAAGUACGACGAGUAGGUCACAAAGCGCCAACGGGCCAAGUCCUUUGCAGCAGAAUAAUGACUUGUCGUUCAAUGACGAUGAUGAUCCAUUUGACCUCAAUCAGCUGAAGCCCAAGUCGCAACCCCCGCCUCAGCCUUCUCAACCCGAUGAUGAUGAUGAUUUCUUGGGCUUGCUGGGCAAGCCUGUAUCCGAGCUCCCACCGCCAGCUCCGCCAAAGGACUCACCCAAAGCGCAGAGCCCAGAGCGGUCUUCUCCGAGACCAACGAAUGGCGUGGACCAUGCUAUUGCAGAACUAGUCGAUAUGGGGUUUCCGGCGGACAAAGCUAGCCAGGCAUUGGAUAUGACAUCGUCUGGCACCGAUGUGCAGGCUGCUGUCGGUAUUCUUCUCACCCAGGCCCAUGAGGAAUCUCGACAAAGAACCCAGACCAGAUCGCCUGCCACCAAUCGUCAUCCCAGCCAUUCGGGCCAAAGUCGAGACCGCACUCAGAGACCGGAUCGUGAUAUGCCUUCGUGGAUGCAGCCAGAGCGCUCUCAGACACCACGGGGUCGCAAUGACACGCGUUCGCCAUCAUCUGCAGAAACGGACCCGUCACAGAUUGCUGCGAACUUUGGCAACAAUUUCCUGAAGACAGCAAACUCGCUCUGGAAAACUGGCAGCAAGAAGGUUCAGCAAGUUGUCCAUGAAUUUAACACGGAUCAGGAUCCAAGCCAGCCGAAAUGGAUGAGGGAUGCCACCCCUGAAGCUCUCCCAAGGGAACGCCGUCAACCCGAACCACAAGCCCGCAACGAUUUUACAGACGAGGCUAUUCUGCUCGAAGCUGGCGGGCCUCCUCCUCGACCUCCUCGUCCUACACGAAAGAAUGAAGGACCACCUGCCCGUACAGAAAGUGAACCUCGACGACAGGAAAGCUCUUUCGGCGAAAGGCGCAUGCAGCAGCCUGCCUUCAUGCGACAACAGCCGAGACCAGAAACGAGAGACACAAGAUCCCGGUUAUCGAAAGUGGCAGUGGAAGAGCAAUCUGCACAGGCGUAUGUUAGCCCCGCACGGAGGAAACGGCCUGUGGCGACGCCAUCUCCUCAACCAGAGCCAAGCCAGGGCAUCGAUCUCUUUGAGUCUCCAGCACCAAAGCCCCCUGCAAGACCGACUCCCUCGCCGGCGGCAGCCCGUCCCCCACGGUCAUCGUCAUCAACUACACCCUUACCUAUGCGACCUAAGGCCCCGCCACGAGUCAUCCCGCAGGUUUCAAGUAGUACACUUUCGUCUACUCACUCUCAGCGAGAAAAGGCAGCAGAGGCUUAUAAGAGGGGUGAUUACGCCGCUGCUCAUGAAGCUUUCACAGCCGCACUUUCCGGCAUACCAGAUAAACAUCCCGUCAUAAUCGUUAUCCGCAGUAACCAUGCGAUGACGGCUCUGAAGGUUGGCGAACCAAAGGUAGCAAUCAGUGACGCAGAUCUCAUCUUAGAACUGAUCGGGCCCGCGAAGGGUGAGGCUGAAUCCAUCGAUCUUUGCAAUGGCGAGCCCCAUAAACCAAUGAAAGAUUUUUACGGGAAAGCAUUGAUGCGCAAGGCAGAAGCUCUAGAGCAACUGGAGAAAUGGGCCGACGCCGCGCAAAUGUGGAAGCUGGCUGUGGAGGCUGGCCAUGGUGGAAGUACAAGUAUCCAAGGCCGUAACCGCUGCGAGAAAGCUGCCGGUAUCAGCAAACCUGCGCCAAAACCGUCGGCUCCUGCGAGGCGCCCAGCGGCCCCAGCGCCCAAGAAGAAAGCAUCUGCGUUGGAUGAUUUGCGGGAUGGAUCGUCUGGUUCCAAUUCAGCCACAUCAUUUGAGGCGGUUAAUCGCCUCCGGGAAGCCAACCAGGCCGCGGAGCGUAGCGACGAGGAAAAAUUCGCUUUGACGGAUAGUGUCGAUGCACGUUUGACAGCGUGGAAGGGCGGAAAGCAAGACAAUCUUCGUGCCCUCCUGGCUAGUCUAGACACUGUUUUGUGGCCCGAGGCCAAUUGGAAGAAGAUCAACAUGUCUGAGUUGAUUAUGCCCAGCAAGGUCAAGAUUCAAUAUAUGAAGGGCAUUGCAAAAGUGCAUCCCGACAAGAUCCCCACCGACGCAACCACAGAACAGCGCAUGAUAUCCAGUGCUGUAUUCGGCGUCUUGAACGAAGCCUGGGAUAAGUUCAAGGCGGAGAACAACCUUUAA